CACAGGGUUUCUCCUAAACUGUUAAACUUAAGGAAUAUUCUACCUCUGCUGUUCCUCUCUUGAUACCAAAAUGAACAAGACAUUGGCGGCUGUUAUGCACCUCCAAAAUGAAAGCUUGGUAUUUUUAACAUCUAUUCAAAAAUGUGGACAACACCCUGAUAUGACACCCUUUUUGGGAACAGCCUAUAGUCUAGUGACCAUACUUGGACUCCUUGGAAACAUUUCUCUGAUGUAUGUAAUUUGUCGGCAAAAGGAAAGGGGUAAUGUUACCCACAUCUUAAUUGCUAAUUUGGCUUUCUCAGAUGUGCUGGUUUGUGCCUUCUGUCUGCCAUUCACUGCUGUUUACACUGUGAUGGAUUACUGGGUCUUUGGCCUGAGCCUAUGCAAGAUAACUAAUUUUUUGCAGUGUGCAUCUGUCACUGUCUCUGUGCUGAUUCUAGUGUUAAUUGCCUUUGAGAGGUACCAACUUAUUCUUCAUCCCACUGGUUGGAAACCCAGUGUCCUUCAGGCCUAUGCUGCUGUAUUGCUGGUCUGGGUAAUUGCAUCUCUUCUUGCUUUUCCUUUGGCUUCAUCCAUGGUAUUAACAGAUACUCCUAACAAAAAUAUCUCAAAGGUCAUAGGGUUUUUGGCAGACAAAUCAGUAUGUGUAGAAUCCUGGUCAUCUAACCAACAGUUAGUGGCUUACACAAUAUCAUUACAGCUUUUGCAGUACAUUGUGCCACUGUGUUUCAUCCUGGGAUGCUACCUCCGUAUUUCUGUGCACUUAAAGCAUAGGGGUGCUAUGUUUGGAAGAAAUGACAACCACAUGAGAAGGGUCAACCUUAUGUUUGUUAUCAUGGUAGGAGCUUUUGCUGUGUGCUGGCUGCCAUUUCACAUCUUCAAUAUCAUUGUAGACUGGCACCACCAGCUGAUACCUGUAUGCUACCAUAACCUUAUUUUUUCCUUGUGCCAUUUGCUUGCCAUGAUUUCAACAUGUGUUAACCCGGUAAUCUAUGGCCUUCUAAAUAGCAAUGUCAAACGGGAAGUAAAGGCAUUGGUUCAGAACUGCACUGGGAGGAAACUGGACACAAGGUCAGCUGUAGAGGAGCCAGAAAGAUAUCCAUUGUCUCUAAAGCAAAGUGCCACAUUGCCUGGGUCUCCAAGUAUAUGCCUUGAAGGAGGCACCUUCUUAGGACAAACACUUUCUACAGAAGAACACUGAACAAUUAAACUAUUGGCAGAAGUAUUUUUUCAGAUAAAUAAAGUGGUCAUGUGAGAGUCUAUAUCUCAUUACAGAAACAAGACUGCAGGAGUGAGCAGAUAUCUUUUCAUAUGUCCAGAUACAAGAUACAAGAAUUCACAUUCUAAAUUUAGAUGUUUAAUACAAUGUAAAACUCCACAUCUGAGUGUAAUAGGAGUGUAGUCCUUCAGCUGGUGAAAACAAAAGGGUACCAAAUUGUGAAGAAAACUAUGGUACAUAACAUUACCUGUCAACAUACUUGUUUCUAACUGCACAUUUUUAGUUGCAGUAAUUGCAGUAAUGUAAUAAAAGAAGUAAUGUUUGUUACAAGUCUUAAUCACCAAUAGCAAACAAUCAGCAAGUAUAUAGUUGUCUGUUUAAAAACAUGCAUCUUAUUAAUUGCUAUGAGUUACUGCACUUAGACAAAUUUAGUGCCUCUUAUUACAUAUGAAGUAUUGUACAAAAAAUACAUUUUUGCAGACGUCUGUAGAGUAGUUACUAUGGGAGAGUUACUAUGGGGUAUAUCAGAGUAAAACUAGAACUUUACACUUUAAAAAAUCAUAGUAAUGAACAGAGAAUGGUAGAAUUUCACUCUGAUGGACUGGUGGACUGUAACGGCUUUUGUAUAACGCUUUGAUAAAUAUACCCCUAUUAUUUAUUACAUUUAUAUUUUGUUUGAUAUGCAAUAUCUUUGCUUCUAGAUUGUCUAGACUAGCUUUUCAAAUAGAUGCAGAUAAUAGUUUUACUGUCCAAUCUGCAGUUGUUAAGGUUUCCAAAUGUAUGUCAUUAAAUAAAACAAUAUUU